CUUACGUCACAAGUUUCAGGUGUUCCAGCUCUCAGUGACAAGACGGAAACGUGAAAGAGGAAGAGAUUUAGAUUUUUAUCGACUUUGAAUAUUUAUACAUUUUAGUUUAUCAACCUAAACCUUUGGAAAGGGAGGCGUAGUGAUAAGCCACACAUUUCUACCGGAUCCUGUUGGAAUCCACUUGGAUCUCGAGAUGUAUUCUGCAAGAUACGACAGCCAGAAUGGGCAUCAUGAGCGAAUCGAUUUCUUAACCAACAAAGAGAAAGUGUCGUCCAAACAGAGAACAUGCAUCGUUGUUGGUGUUCUAUUGGCAUUUCUCCUCCUCGCAGCUGUGGCGGCAUUCCUCAUUUGGUUUUUUGUCUUUAAAGAUCCAGAUUCAGAAAGCACCUUAAGUAAGAAGCUCAUUCCAUCAACACAAGUGUUCAGUGGACAUAUGAAGCUGGUCAAUGUGCCAUAUGACCAAAAGCUUGAGGACACAGAUGGGCAAGAAUUCAAGGAACUUUCUCAAAAAUUGGAGGAAAUGUUGGGGAAAAGCUACCAGAGUGAUCCAUUUCUGACUAAAUACUACUCGAAAUCUGUGGUCACUGCAUUCAGCGAAGGCGUGAUAGCCUAUUACUGGUCCAUGUUUACCGUUCCUGUCAGUGACCUGGAGAUCUUGCCGGAGUUGUCGGAGGAGCGGGUUUUGGAUGCACUUGAAGGCGGCUUUAAGGAGCGUCGCAGUUCGACGCAGGCUGGGGAUAUCCAGAUCAGUGAAGUCACUGCAUCACUCACAGACGCUCGCAUGGCCAGGAGCCCCACAGCUGAGGAAUGUUUCCACCGCCUGGAAGCUGUUGAGGAGGCUCAAAAAUUUCAAUCGCCAGGAUUCCCCAGCGGCUACCCAGCCAAGUCGCGGUGUCAGUGGCAAAUCCGAGCGUCAGAGAACAACGCUAUAACCGUCAAUUUCCCAUUUUUUUACACUGAAGACGACUGCACCAAUGAUUUUGUCAUGAUCUUUGACUCUUUGAGUCCUGAUGAUUCUCAGGCAAUUACAAAGAAUUGUGGUCAGAGACCUCCAUCCAACCGUCUGCAGGUAGUGUCAUCUGGAAACAUCAUGCUGAUCACCUUUAUUACGGACACCGAUAUCCAAAGGCCUGGUUUUGAGGCUGAAUAUAGCACCAUCCCUCAGACUGAUGCCAAAAAGUGUGGUGGUGUCCUUUCUAAUGGCAAAGGAACCAUUACCUCACCUCUGCAUCCCAGCUUCUAUCCACCUGCUGUGGACUGCAAAUGGACGAUUGAGGUCCCUAAAGGGAAAAAGGUACGGGUCAACUUUCAGAUGUUCCGCCUGAAAGAGCCAGGUGUGGACAUCCGCUUCUGUCACAAAGACUAUGUGGAAAUCAUGGGAACCAAAUAUUGUGGAGAAGUGUCCGCUUUGGCCCUGACCAGUGACACCAAUAUCCUUGAGGUGCACUUUCACUCUGACGAGUCCUACACUGACAAAGGCUUCAGCGCAGAGUAUAUCGCCUACGAUCCAGCAGACCCUUGCCCUGGAAUGUUCGCCUGUAACUCUGGAAAUUGCAUAAAACAAUCACUGAAGUGUGAUGGCUGGAACGAUUGUGGUGAUAUGAGCGAUGAGAGGAAUUGCAAAUGUAAUGAGGACCAGUUUGCCUGUGGAAAUGGUAUGUGCAAACCAAAACUCUGGGUGUGUGAUCGUGUCAACGACUGUGGCGAUUGGAGCGAUGAGAAACAAUGCAGUUGUGAGCCAAAUGAGUUUCGCUGUGGGGAUGGUGCAUGUCUGCCUCAGGAUGUCGCGUGUAACGGUAAACAAGACUGUGACGAUGGAAGUGAUGAGGCCGCAUGUGAAACCUCUCCAAAUAUGUGCACUGACUUCAGCUUCGUGUGCAGUAACAAAGACUGUGUCAACAAGGUGAAUGCUGAAUGCGACCGUGUCAAUGACUGCUCUGAUAAUUCAGAUGAAGCCCAUUGUGAUUGUGGCACCAGGCCUUACAAACUGAAUCGCAUUGUGGGAGGGCAGAACGCCGAGCUUGGGGAGUGGCCAUGGCAAGUCAGCCUUCACUUUAAAACUUAUGGACAUGUAUGUGGAGCCUCAGUCAUCUCUGAUAGGUGGAUCCUUUCAGCCUCCCAUUGCUUUAUCACCAAUUCUGUUGAAAACCGCGUUGCAUCCAACUGGCAGGCCUACAGUGGCAUGCAGGACCAGUUCAAGGCGGAUGGUACACUGAGCAAAGUGAAGAGAAUCAUCACCCAUCCCAAUUACAAUGAUUAUACCUUCGACUAUGACAUCGCACUGCUGGAGCUCACUGAACCGCUGGAGUUCACCAACACCAUCCAACCCAUCUGCCUACCUUCUUCCUCCCACGUCUUCACUGCAGGCGUUUACUGCUGGGUCACAGGCUGGGGCGCUCUCCGGGAAGGAGGUCAAAAGUCACAAAUCCUGCAGAAGGCCUCUGUCAAAAUAAUCAAUGACACAGUGUGUAAUGUGGUCACUGAAAACCAAGUCACCUCCAGGAUGCUCUGCAGUGGAUUCUUGGCUGGAGGAGUUGAUGCAUGCCAGGGAGACUCCGGGGGGCCCCUGGCGUGCUUUGAGGAGAGUGGGAAGUGGUUCCAGGCAGGUAUAGUGAGCUGGGGAGAGGGCUGUGCUCGUCGGAACAAGCCCGGGGUCUACUCCCGCGUCACCAAGCUGAGAGACUGGAUCAAAGAGGAAACGGGGGUUUGAUGAUAAUGUGAGGAGCAGAGAUGGAUGAGGAGUGGGGAACGUUGGAGUGUUAAAAAUAAUGGCGACAAUUUAGUCUAAUUCAGGACAAGGCUCUGAGAUUUAUUCAUUUAGAAUCAGGCUGACAACCCUGUUGCAUGAAACCCAGCCACUCACAUGAAUGACUUUAAGCACUUUAUCUUGGGUGCCAGCCCCCACACGAGCUGUUUCAACUCACACUUCUUACACACACUUGAAGAUAAACUACAUCAACUUAAUUUUGUUUCAGUUUUUAAAGGCAUUUGUUGGCCGACUGCCUCAUUCCAUAAAUCCAGAACACAUUUAGGUGGAGAAUUUUUUUUAUCCAGAAGCUGUUCAGUUUAACAGUUAAAAAAAAGAAAAAGAUUCAGAAUACAAACAUUAGACAGAACUUUUAAGGAGUGAUUCUGUGUUUUAUAAAGAAAAAGGUCUUUAGUUUUAACGCCAAAGCAUUUUGUAUAUCUAAACUAGUUUGUUUCUUUCAUCUUCUUGCUGCAGUGCAUGUCUUUGCCAGUGAGCUCAGGCAAUAAUUGGCUAUAAAUUAUAGGUUUCCGAUGAUUAGACAAAAAAAUGAUGUGAGGGGGAAAAUAAAAUCACACAGGGCCAUUUCCACAUAAUGCUGAAAUGCAUGGAAACCAGAGGCUUGAAGGUAGAAAUAGCAUUAAUCAAUCUAAAAGCCUAAAGUUUGCUUUGGAAAAUUGCCAGCUAUGAAGUAUACCAGAUUUAUAAUUGGUGGGUUAAAACAGACAGAAAUAUCAGCGUGGCCCUUGAAAAAUGAAAGUGGAGUGAUUUCCAAGUACAUCAGUAUUUGCUUUAUUAAUAUUCCUGUGUGCUUCCUGGCAUGGCUGGAUUUGUGAAUGAUUUGCCGAAAUAUUAGAUUUAAAUGGGUGGGUGGAGGAUAACUAUUAGGGUCCUGUUGGCUAAUGCGCAGGUCUCUGUUUAAGCUCAGGGUGAUUUGUGUCUUCAUUUGUAGAAACCGGUGAGUUGGAGUAACUCUGUGACAGUUCUUAAGCCUGGCCCUCUUAAGUCACAACCCAUCAAUCAACUUUGCAAUUAUCACUGAAUGGUUUCUGUUUGUCUGACUCAAUCUUAAAUCAUCCUAUCCUGGAUACGCAAAACCAAAGAUUUGCUUAAGUAUUAUUUAUUUAAAGGAAAGAAAAAAAACAACAAAUGUCGUUAAGUAUAUCUUUUAGAUGGUAUUUUAAAAUUUGUAGACAUUGUUAAACUAUGCAAUUGGUACAAUGUGUAGUUUGUAAAAAUUCCUUUGCAGAAGCCGUAGCUGGUUUAGUUGGAACAGGGUGCAGUUUGGAUUUUACUUCUUCCUAUUUUUCUAUGUUCUUUCUUUUAAUGUUUUUAUAUGAUGAUAAUAAACAUCUUUUAUCAGACUUCACACUAUGUCAUUGGAUUACCUGAUCCAUUUGUCUUUGAUAAGGUCUUGUUCUGUAUUAUGUUGUGCAUAAUAAAUGCAUGUCUUUGGAGACCUUGUCCCCUUUCACAGUA